GCAGCGCUGAUCCCGGAAGGGCACGUGUGCUAUGCUCGGUGUGGAGAGCAAGGGAGCUGGUGGUGGUUGAUGGUUUGAGGACAGUGCGGAGGUUUCCAGCUGCGGACCGAUGGCCAGCGCUCUGCUCAGAUCAGCCCUGCGGAGAAAACCUCCUCUACAGCCCGCAGGAGCGGACAGGAGGCGCUACAGCCACAGAAGUGGAGCCCUCGAGCGGGCAAUAGCAGCGUUCCGCUCGGUCAGCGGGGAUGAAGGUGUGAGUCUGGGUGAAGCGGUCAGGGAACAGCACGGGAGGGACGAGUCUGUGCACAAGUGUCGUCCCCCAGAUGUCGUGGUGUUCCCCCGCUGUGUGGAGGAGGUCAGCGCUCUGGCCAAAAUCUGCCACCAACACCAAUUACCCAUCAUCCCCUUUGGCACAGGAACAGGCCUAGAGGGAGGAGUGGGGGCUCUGAAAGGCGGAGUGUGUUUCAGCCUGAGGAACAUGGAUGAGGUGCUGGACCUUCACCAGGAGGACUUUGAUGUGACCGUGGAGCCGGGCGUCACCCGAAAAGCUCUGAACUCCUACCUGAGGGACACGGGGCUGUGGUUUCCUGUAGACCCAGGCGCUGAUGCAUCUCUCUGUGGGAUGGCGGCCACCAGCGCGUCCGGCACCAACGCGGUCCGCUACGGCACCAUGCGGGAGAACGUCCUGAACCUGGAGGUGGUGCUGGCGGACGGCAGCGUCUUCCACACUGCAGGCAGGGGGCGCCGACCAAGGAAGACUUCAGCAGGUUUUAAUCUGACCAAUCUGUUUGUGGGUUCGGAGGGAACUCUGGGUAUUCUGACGAAGGCGACUCUGAGGCUGUAUGGAAUCCCGGAGAGCAUGGUGUCCGCUGUGUGCUCCUUCCCCUCCGUCCAGGCUGCGGUGGACAGCACGGUUCAGGUGCUGCAGGCAGGAGUGCCCAUCGCCCGCAUCGAGUUUCUGGACGAUGUGAUGAUUGGAGCGUGUAAUCGUUUCAACUCGCUCUCCUAUCCGGUGACACCCACCCUGUUUCUGGAGUUCCACGGCAGCUCCAAGAGCUUAGAGGAGCAGGUGUCCAUCACAGAGGAGAUCACGAGGGAGAACGGCGGUUCUGACUUUGCCUGGGCGGAGGACGAGGAGACGCGGGCGCGGCUUUGGAAGGCUCGGCAUGACGCCUGGUACGCUGCACAGGCACUGCGGCCGGGCUGCAAGGCGUAUGCCACUGAUGUCUGUGUGCCGCUGUCUCGCCUGCCUCAGAUCAUAGUGGAGACCAAGGAGGACCUGAUGAGAAACAACCUCACAGGUCCUAUCGCCGGUCACGUAGGAGACGGAAACUUCCACUGUAUUAUGGUUCUGGACCCUAACGACCCGGAUGAAGUGCAGAGAGUUCACGAGUUCACAGAUAGGCUGGCCAGGAGGGCACUGGCCAUGGAUGGUACCUGCACAGGUGAGCAUGGUGUGGGUUUGGGGAAGCGGACCCUGCUGAGGGAGGAGUUGGGACCGCAGGCUAUGGAGGUCAUGCAGGGCCUGAAGGCCACACUGGACCCCAAAAACCUCAUGAACCCGGGGAAGGUCCUGUAGAGGCCGAGGAGACACCAGCAGCGACUCUACCAUAUCCAACCACUCCAACAGUCCAGGGACGCUUUCUUACUGCACUGCAGAUUAGGGCCGGAUGACAUGAUGAUAUAGCAUUAUUAUGAUAAAUUAUACCACAGUAAGCUUCUCUAAGCACAGCUUGGGUAUCGUACUUCAAGAACACUGAACAACUGCAGGUUUUGUUGAAAAAGACGUUUCAAAGGGGCUCCCAGGUAGAGUAGCUGUGGUUUCAACAGGUUUGAAUACUGAUUGUGCCCAAAAAAGUCAGAUGACGCCUUUUUAAACGUUUCGUGCUUAAACAUAAGCAGGACACGCUUCGUAUGGGGCAGGGUUACGCAUUCGUCUGACAAGUAGGUAAACGUGAAACCACUCUGAGAGAACACUGAGCCGAUCCAAACUGAAGGUGAAAAAGGGUUUUCUAUUCAUUAUUUCACAAGUGACAUUUAUAACUAUAAUAUAAAACCCUUUUUCACGUUCAGUUUGGAUUAAUCUAUUAGCCGAGUCAGAGUUAUAAAGCAGGAGGCGGUCACUGGUUGAAAUAUGGCAUCAGUUCAUGGAGAAAGUCCCAAUUCCAUUUCACUCCUCGCCCCUACCACUUAACCCUUAGCCCCCUGUUUUGCGUGUUCAUGUGUAGGGGUAGGGUGUCCUGAUUUUUGUUGAGAUAGAGGGGUAGGUCUAGGCUACAUGGGCUACAUGGCCCUCCAAACAGAGGUUUUUCAGAGGCAAAAAGAAAAACAGGCAAGAUGGCUGCACAAGCGACCACAACCCCACAAAUGUCAGAAUUUUCUCUGUUAAAAAUGACAGCAACCAUUGUUUUAUCUUAAUUUAAUGUCGUUUCAAUGUAUUAUGGUCCUUUUCUUCAUAACAAGCAUAAAAAUCACUAGUGUUGUGAUGUAUCAGUAGCUAAAUGUCCCGUUCCACCUUAAGUGAUGCAGCAGUUUUGACGCCUGAAGCGCCAGAAUGCAACUGCUGCUCCAUUUAAGGUGGAACGGUAAUUUGAACAAGAAACUGGCGAAUAUCUGACUUCAGCUUCACAUCACUGAAGAAUUAGGGGUGGGCGUUAAUAAGUAAUUGCCCCCCGCUCUUCAAGGGCAUAUGAUUCCCUAAAUGUAACUAAAGCCCAGCAGUGAGGAGCUGAACUUUACCCUCCUCUGCUGUCACUGCAGACUGGCAGGGUCGCCUACAGAGCAGCACUAGUAGCUGUUAAUGAAGUGAUGCUCUUUUUAUUUGAGGGUCCCAUUUUGUAUGGAAGAUUUCAGCCACUACCUGUUGAAACUCAGUUCUAAGGGGCAAGGUGACACUCGAAAACAAGGGGUAAGGGUAAAAAUAGUCUCGCCCUUCAAGAAAAUGAGCCAGUCAGCUCACUGGUUGUGCCGCAAGUGGGGAAAAGCUGCCCCUCGUUGUCGAGACCUGCCCAAGCGCAGUAGCCAGAACAACCUGAAAAAACACGCUUUAGUGCGUUACUGAGCCAAACGCUACAAACAGUUUAUGAGAUUUUUGUCAGGCUUUAUCAGUGAUUGAAAUGGUAAUUUGACCUUCAGUGUUGGGUAUUUUGGUCUCUCCCUAUUCAGAGAGAGGAGUCUGGUCUUGAAUGGCUGGAAAUAACUGUCUGGUGGUGUGGCAAAUAUGGCCGCCGAGUGAACAGACUUUCCAGUAAGGACUUUGGCUAAGAGUUGUGCAGCUCAGGGUGUUCGAAAACUGCCAAAACUAGCUGUUUCUCCGUUAAUGACUAGAAGACGUUCUCAAUAUUGAACGGUAGCUGUGAUGAUAUACGGCAAAUUUUAUGACACUCAUCAGAUUUUUGGGCACUGUGGUUGUUGCUCCAUUGAGAACAAUGAAAAGAAGCACACGAGACAGUUUGAAAAGGCGUCGCCUGAACAGACCCUAAGAAUGUAGUAGGAAUGUAAUUGGCCGUUUAACUGAAUGCAGUGAUGCAGUGUCAUAUAAAAGUUCUUGUAUUCCUAGUUUUUGAUCACAUUUUUAAAAAUUAAUUAUCGUAAAAUUGUCUUCACCGCAUCUCAUGUUCCUACCUCUGACUGCACGGCUUUCAUCCAUCAGAUGCCAAACUGAUGCUCAGCAGGUGUGUAGUAUCUAAUGCCAUCGUGAUAUAAGCUUUUCAGAAAUGCGUGUGGUGCCUCCAUGCGUCUGCGUGGAAUGCGCUGUGACAUGGCGUCUACUCAGGUUUGCCCUCACAGGUUUCAUCUCAGUCCUUCCAGGCGAUGAGAUGAAGAUCCUGUAUUUCAUAUUCAUGUGUUUCUGACCUGUAAAUCUGGCUCCUCGCCGAAUCAGCUCAGUUGAAUUAGAACUGACCAAACGCACACAGUGUUGACCGAGCAGCUUAGCUGUCAGAGACAUGAAGCUUACUGAGCUGAGUAUGAUCAGAGAGCUUGUACAGAGGAGAAUUACCACUUUGUAAUGUCUUCAAACACUAGAGGGCGCUCCUGAGCGAGUCCAAAAUGAAUGGGUUAAUAUGGAGCAUUUGAGUAAAAUCAUAG